CUACCUUCGAAAUGUCGGCGGUUACGGCCCUUAUACGCAAAGGGUACUCAGUACGCCUGCGUAUGCGGAAACGCGAGCCGACGCAGAAGCGUCCUGUAGGCUUACCGCCCGAACUGUGGUCCAUCAUCUUCGAAUAUGCAGUCAUAUGGGUGACUUUCGACUUCUCCGGCGGCACAGCAGAAAACAAGUCCAUACCCCUCGGAAGGUUAGAUAGUGAUAUGUUUGGUGUAUUGGUCGUCUCGCACGUCUGUCGGCGCUGGCGAGCGAUCGCUCUAUCGACCCCUCACCUUUGGUGCGCCGCAACGCUGAAGGACACGCUCAAGGCAUUACCCGAUAUCCUAGCUCGAUCCGGUACGCUUCCCCUGAGCCUCCUGCUCCCGAAGUGCGACCUCGGGCAUACCGCUGCACUUGUGGCGGAGUGCUCUCGGUGGCGCCAUAUUCGCAUGGAUCUCACACAGGAAGCCUUGCGGCUAUUUCAGACGACCCCUCCGCUUCGCUUGCCUGUGCUGCAGACUUUGUGUCUUGAGCUGUCUGUAAAGGCUAUGCACGAGCUCAAUAGAAUCAGGGCAUUCGAGGACGCACCCAUGCUGAGCCACCUCUCUCUCGUCUUGGACUGUUCAUCGACGAGGGACUGCCUUGUACUAUCUGGAGUAUGGCGGAGACUUACACACCUGGUUUUAACCCGUCGCGAUGGCUUCCUGGACUGCAUAGACGCUCUUAAUCAGUGCCCCGCGCUCCGAAGUCUUCACCUUAUAUUCGUAUACGAUGCGCUCUCCUCAGAUCCACGCUUCAACCCACACUACCCCUCUCCUUCGCAAACGCUGAAGCUUCCGCAACUCGAGACCCUUCGGCUAUGCGCCCCAGACGUGGGCGCUUGCUUCACCCUCCUAGAUCUCCCGGCACUGGAAGAACUGGAUGUUGCGAGCAAGCAGGGAGAAGCUCGACGUUCUUCCGGGGUUGCAGAGCAUAAACAUUUUCCACUGCAACGGUUUUUCGGCGGACGCGAUGACCAAGAUGAUAAAGUCCCGGCGGGCGGGACUGGCACGUUAUGCGCACCUUGCCACGGUGCACGUCCACAGCCAGGGUCCUCGUGA